AUGGCUUCAGCUCUAAAAUCAACGCCCCUAUCGAACAACGUGCAAAAUUGUACUCAAAACAAUGUUAAUUUAUCAGAAUGGAACUCUAAAAUUGCUUCAAAUGUAUCACUUGAUGGGCCUCCGGAGCUAGUCGCCCCAUCCUCGCCACCAAUAACAUACACUACGGUUGGAUCUCUAGUAAAUCCAAGAUCUAUCAAGCGGCUAGCUGCACCUAAUCGUAUACAGCGCGAAGGUGCAAAUAGAAGGCCGUUGAUGUCAAUAUUAGAAAACCAGACAUUUGAUUCGGCUUUCCAGUCGCAUGAAUCUCCUCGUUUGAAGAUUUCGAAUCGGAUAUCCUCGUCUCAGCAAGUGUCAUGGAGUCCAUCUGAAAUAGGUCAGGUAUUUUCUCCGUCAGUUUCAGAGCCAAAUAUCUACGACGAUAACUUGAAACCACAAAUUGCAACAGGACCCUCCAUUAUUUAUAAUAUAUCGAUAGAACAAGAGCAAGAUAAAUUAAAUUUGCCAUCAAGUGGAAAUAUCCCACUCCCUUACAGAGAUGAAAAUGCACCUGUAAACUUACAAAUAAAAGACCUAAAUAAUUAUAAUAUAAAUGAAAUAGCUUUUACUUACUAUGAAAAAGAAGGUUCAAAUCCAUCAGAGGAUUCAUCGACUCAUUUGCAUGGGAUGGAAAAAAUGCAAACACUCCAAAGACUCUCAAAAUUUAAUAAUCCGAUGCAAGACUUGGCUUUAAAUAAGUUAUCUGAGUUUUCUUUUGAAAAAAGGCAAGAGGCAAACAAUAUUAACUGUAUAAAAAUCUCUCCACCAGAGUCAUACUUAGUAGAUACUCGUAAUGCUACUAGAUAUCCAAAAAUUUCGGGUAUGGGCUCGUUAGAUAUUCAGAAAAACUUCUCUCGGUCAGGAAAAGAAAAAGAUUUACAAUCAAGUAUAUGGCAGAGCAGUAAUACAAUACAGGAUGAAGAUACUUCACUAUCUACUGGAGAAUAUAUUCAGCCACUCACAGCUGGUCCACCUGGCCCAAGACAGUCAAAUAUUAACCUGGAAAAGCGACUUGGCCAUCGUCAAGAUAUAUCAGCUAAUAAAUAUAGAACAAUGAGUCCUGGUAUGAGGGGCACCUUCAUGCCCAAGCAACCACAAAGCUAUUACCAAGUUAAUAGCUUGCAGAACCCAGAAAAGUAUCACCAAGAAAGUGAUGGAACUUAUGGAAACUCAUCUCAAAAUCUUAUAGAGACUAUUUCUUGGAAAGAUGCUGCCAGAUACUAUCCAUAUUCGAUACCAUAUGGUUUAAAAAAAACUACUUGGCCCCUCAAUAUGAAUGAUAGUCGAGAAAAAAUGUACCUAGGUGUUCAAAAGGUUGAUGGUCUAAAUGAUUGGUUUUACUCAGGUUAUCGAAAUUUCUGCACUAAAAUGACACAAGUUAUGGAUAAUAAAUCAAAUAAAGAUGAAUAUUGGAGAAAGAACUAUGAACAUAGUGCUUCUUCAGAAAAAAAUUUAACAACCGAAAAAAGGCAACUUUUAGUCGGGGAAGUUCAGAAAACACCAAUGACUGAAUGUGCAGCUCCGAUGAUUGAAUGUUUAUUAAGAACAAUGCUUGAGUACUCUGAUAGACGAGACCCUCAAUCUCGAGCUGUUUUGAGCAAAUAUACCAGCAGUCCUCUUAGAUAUAUCGAUAUCACCUCAAAAGGCAGUCGAAGCCUUUUCAGCGAAAAUUUUGGUAACUUAAAUUCAAGCGGGAGUAAUCUUAAAGUCAAUGAAAAUUGGUAUCCUAUGAAUGAACUAUCUUCAAGCGAGAAGCGAUAA